AUGUUUUUCUUGUGUGCAGCAAUACAAAUCCCAACAGAUUUUAACUUUAGAAUUCAUAAUCCAGCAGGAUGGUUCGGUCCUGCUACUAAAUCUGGCGGCGAAUCAGGUUAUUCUCGACUUAUAACAAACGAACAAGAAUUAGACGAUUUACUUUCAACAAAAAGAUCAUUCCCAGAAGUCCUUGUUAUUCCAGAUUUUCUCGUAAAUAAAGGAAACCUUACAAAGAUAGAAAAACAAUAUGAUCCAAUAAAAUUUUUGCACGGAGUAAUGGUUUAUUCAUCAAAUACAUCAGAAUCAUCAACAGCUUCAGCAUUUCCAAAUAAAGCGCAAUCACCUUAUUCAGACGAUUAUAUAUGGAAUCCUUAUGGAAAUGGAGAGCAAUAUGACAAGUAUAGUUUUGUUCUAUUUUAUCCACCAAAUAAAGUUAUGCAGCAACUUCUCGAAAAAAUCAAGGCCGACAAGCAAAAAUCCGGUUUUUACAUUGAUUUUAGCAUGUUAUCUCGUGGCAACCUCAAAUACUGCCUCAGCCAUACAUAUGAUUACAAUGCUCAAUGCCAACCAGUUGGUGGACUUUCGCUUAUUGGUGGAUUUAACAAUCAAAUUGGCGGAAAAGCAGUUUGGCUUGUUUCUCAGAUGGAUGCGUUUGGCAUUGCUCCAUAUGGACAGGUCGGUGCUGACUAUUCCAUCUCAGGAUUCGUUGCUUCUCUUGCAGCUUUAGAAUCUCUUAAAAAUCUCGACUGGAAAUCAGCAAAACGUCCACUCCACUUCGGUUUCUUUGAUGCAGAAGAAAUUGGCAAUCUCGGAUCAUCAAGAUUCCUUUACGAAAUAAAGAAUUUCACAUGUGAAGAAUAUUCUGAAGGAAAAUCAUACUGCGUCAGACCAAAACGUUAUGAUUUCUUCUUCCAGAACAUAUCUUAUGAUGAUUUCUCAACAGUGCUAGAAGUUAAGUCCGUUGGUCUCUUCGAAGAUGAAGGAAAAAUUUUCGCUCAUACUCAAAAAAGUGACAACGAAAAAAUUUUUGUCCAAAAUCUCCAAAAUAGCUUCAAUAACCCUCUAAAAAUAACAUCUGCUGAUUCAUCAACACCAGGUGUCCCACCAUCAACAACUUCCUCCUUUGUUAAACAGAUUCCAAAUAUCGAACACGUUGUUUUCGCCGGCCACGACAAAACAUACGUCAACAAGGUCAUUGGAACACCAUCUGAUGACAAAUAUGACGUCGAUUAUGUUACAAAGGCAGCAACAACUGUUGCAAGAUCUUUAGCAUUUUUAUGUUUCCAGGACAAGUCCAUCGCCGAAGGAAUUGAAGCCAACAAAACACUUGUAGAAGGAAUAAUGCAAGGAUUUGUUGAUGCUCCAAACAGUUCCGACUACUUCCAUGAGUUAUUCCCUAAUGCAUCGCUUGCAACUGACCAUGUAUCCCUUUAUAGUGGUGUUUACAAUGGAUACUCAACAUCUUUCAAGCAUAUGAUCGUAGUUAAUAUGCUAAAGGACGUAAUUAGAACAGAAUUUGAUGAAUCUAACAAAUGCACCGUAGAUUCCAACUGCACUGAAGCAUACGGACAGGAUGCAUUCUGUUCUCGCCAGAAAUACUGCGAGAAAUCGCUUAUUCGUAGUUUUCCAGCAUAUUCACUUGCAUUUGAAGUCAACAAAGACGAUGAUUUUUACAUUGCAAGGAAUAAUAGCGAAUAUGAAGCGAUGGCCGAAGCGAGAUGGGCAAGCCCAGACAUUAAAUACGUAUUAUUACCAACUGUGAUGUCAGGUAGACUGUUAAUAAGUAUCGGACUUGUAUUUACGACAAUCUUGGCAUAUAUAUCAUUAACAAGAUGGAAUAGCUUGAUACUUAAGCUAAAGAAAUAA